AUGAACAUCGUCGAAUGGGCCUUCGGCAAGCGCAUGACGCCCGCCGAGCGUCUGCGCAAACAUCAACGAGCGCUCGACCGAACCCAGCGCGAACUGGAUCGCGAACGAGUCAAGCUAGAGAACCAGGAGAAGAAGCUAGUCCAGGAUAUUAAGAAGAGCGCGAAGAAUGGACAGAUUGGUGCUUGUAAGAUCCAGGCGAAGGAUCUGGUGAGGACGAGGAGGUAUGUCCAGAAAUUCUACCAGAUGCGGACACAGUUACAGGCCAUUUCGCUGCGGAUUCAGACGGUACGGAGCAACGAACAAAUGAUGCAAUCCAUGAAAGGCGCAACGAUGUUACUAGGCAGCAUGAACCGACAGAUGAAUCUCCCCGCGUUGCAACGAAUCGCAAUGGAGUUCGAGCGAGAGAACGAUAUCAUGGAUCAACGACAGGAAAUGAUGGAUGAGGCGAUUGACGAAGCAACGGGAUUGGAAGGCGAGGAGGAAGAAGGCGAGGAUAUUGUCAAGGAGGUUCUUGAUGAGAUUGGUGUGGAUCUUAGCCAGGCGCUGGGAGAAACACCCACCGAUAUACAAAAGACGGCCGUGGGCGAGACGAGAGUUGCGCAAGCGGUGGGUGCUGGGGGUGGAGGUGGCGGUGGUGCGAAUACCAGUGACGAUGACUUGCAGGCGAGAUUGGAUAGUCUGCGGAGGUGA